CUGAAGGCCGGGACUAACUUGACAGCAGCAUCUCAUUUUUAGCUAAUCACCGGCCCCUUCCCCAGAAUGCCUGAGUGUCCACAGCCUCUGUAGAGAGGUGCUUCUCCCGCAGCCCCGAGGAGCCACGGAGCUCCCGAGCACUAGGGAGAGAAGCACCACCCUUUUGCCCCUGCGGGAAUCUGCCAGGGAGCCAGGGGCCUAGAGUCCUCUCUCUCCUGCUGCUCCGGAGGCAGAGGUGAGCACCGGGCGGCCGGCUCCAACCAGAGGUGCCGGGAACCCCGCCUGUCAUGGUGGCCGUCUGCAGCCAGCCUGAGGCACUCCCAGACGGGGUUGCAGCUGAGCCUGUUUAUCUGGUGUGGGAAGAAGAUGGGGAGUUACUUGUCUGUCCCGGCUUACUUCACCUCCAGAGACCCCUUUAGGUGUUCAGAAUGCCAGGAAUCCCUCACCAACUGGUACUAUGAGAAGGAUGGGAGGCUCUAUUGCCACAAGGACUACUGGGCCAAGUUUGGAGAAUUCUGCCACGGCUGCUCCCUGCUGAUGACAGGGCCUGCCAUGGUGGCUGGGGAGUUUAAAUACCACCCAGAGUGCUUUGCCUGCAUGAGUUGCAAGGUGAUCAUUGAGGAUGGGGAUGCGUAUGCCUUGGUGCAGCAUGCUACACUAUACUGUGGGAAGUGCCACAAUGAGGUGGUGCUGGCACCCAUGUUCGAAAGGCUGUCCACGGAGUCUGUCCAGGACCAGCUGCCCUAUUCGGUCACACUCAUCUCCAUGCCGGCCACCACCGAGUGCAGACGUGGCUUCUCCGUGUCCGUGGAAAGUGCCUCUUCUAACUAUGCCACCACCGUGCAAGUAAAAGAGGUCAACCGGAUGCACAUCAGUCCCAACAACCGCAAUGCCAUCCACCCUGGGGACCGCAUCCUGGAGAUCAAUGGGACCCCUGUCCGCACUCUGCGUGUAGAAGAGGUGGAAGAUGCGAUUAACCAGACAAGCCAGACGCUUCAACUGCUGAUCGAGCAUGACCCUGUCCCCCAGCGCCUGGACCAGCUGCGGCUAGAUACCCGGCUUUCUCCCCACAUGCAGAGUACUGGACACUCUCACACGCUCGGCACCCUGGACACCAAGGAGAAUCAGGAGGGGACACUGAGGAGACGUUCCCUGAGGCGCAGUAACAGCAUCUCUAAGUCUCCUGGACCCAGCUCCCCCAAGGAGCCCCUGCUCCUCAGCCGCGACAUCAGCCGCUCUGAAUCCCUGCGCUGUUCCAGCAGCUACUCACAGCAGAUCUUCCGGCCCUGCGACCUGCUCCACGGGGAGGUCCUGGGCAAGGGCUUCUUCGGGCAGGCCAUCAAGGUGACUCACAAAGCCACAGGCAAAGUGAUGGUCAUGAAGGAGUUAAUUCGUUGUGAUGAGGAAACACAGAAGACUUUCCUGACUGAGGUGAAAGUGAUGCGAAGCCUAGACCACCCCAACGUGCUCAAGUUCAUUGGCGUUCUGUACAAGGACAAGAAGCUGAACCUGCUGACCGAGUACAUCGAGGGGGGCACACUGAAGGACUUUCUGCGCAACGUGGACCCGUUCCCCUGGCAACAGAAGGUCAGGUUUGCCAAAGGCAUCUCCUCUGGAAUGGCAUAUUUGCACUCCAUGUGCAUCAUCCACCGGGAUCUGAACUCACACAACUGCCUCAUCAAGUUGGACAAGACUGUGGUGGUAGCAGACUUCGGGCUGUCACGUCUUAUAGUGGAAGAGAGGAAAAGGCCCCCAGUAGAGAAGGCCACCUCCAAGAAACGCACCUUACGAAAGAGUGACCGCAAGAAGCGCUACACUGUGGUGGGAAACCCCUACUGGAUGGCCCCCGAGAUGCUGAAUGGCAAGAGCUAUGAUGAGACGGUGGAUGUCUUCUCUUUUGGGAUCGUUCUCUGUGAGAUCAUUGGGCAGGUGUACGCUGAUCCUGACUGCCUGCCCCGCACACUGGACUUUGGCCUCAAUGUAAAGCUUUUCUGGGAGAAGUUUGUCCCAACAGACUGCCCCCCAGCCUUCUUCCCCCUGGCUGCUAUCUGCUGCAAACUGGAGCCUGAGAGCAGACCGGCAUUCUCAAAGCUGGAGGACUCCUUUGAGGCACUGUCUCUGUACUUGGGAGAGCUAGCCAUCCCACUGCCCGCAGAGCUGGAAGAACUGGACCACACUGUGAGCAUGGAGUAUGGCCUGACCCGGGACUCGCCACCCUAACCCUGGUCCAUCCCCCUGCAGGGGGACAUUCCACAGCCAGCAUUGCCCCCUCUGCUCUGUGUCCUUACUAGGAGCAGGACUGUCUAGGCUUCCUGUGGAUUGACGGCUUGCUUAGAAGCAGAAUAAGCCAUCCCUACUACCUCCCCAGGAGGCAUGCGGGUGCAGGGAAACAGUUCUCCACAGGUGCUGGGGCCUGGUUACUGUCUGUAAAUCCAACACUCGCCUGAAAGCUGUGAAGAAGAUAAAGAGCCUGGAUUCUA